ACGAGAAGUUUAAUGUUAGCGAAGCUCCACGAGAAUGACACAGAGGUGAGUGGAGAUACAGACGAACCUAACGAAAACGACUUUCCUCGAGGGUUUGUGAUAAGAAACGGAAGCUUACUUCGGGCUCCUAGCUUGUCACCCCACCUGCACCCAGGGUGGCUUGUCUUGAAGAGGAACCGCUGUGGCGGCUACCGAAGAUCGUUAGCCGCUAACUACCGCAGCUAGCAAGCUAACUAGCCGCUCGCCCGAGUGAAGUGAACAAGUCGCGGCGUGUGAUGCUAACGACGCCGAGGCUACUUUUGGAGGGCUUCUGAGUUGGAUAUAUUCCCGCGAGGGAUUCAUUGCCACCGGAGCUGGCGUUAUCAAUGCCGGUGCCAGCUACAUUGUUGUGCUUCUCCUCUUCGCUCUUCUCAUUGUUGGCGAAGCGUCCUGACUGCACACCGCUGAGUCCAUGCAUGCUAGCGACCGCUGCUGCCAGUUAGAGUGGUGUCACAUUAGCUAACGAACCCCACACCGUUUUUGUUUUUCACCGUUUGUGACUGGAUGCUGUCACUGCUAAGAGCUUUUGGGAGACCGACGGAGUAACUUAGUAUCAUCCCACUGUGACACCGGUAUAUUAACUGUACUUUCAUGUCGUAUCACCCGACAGCUAGUAGUCCCUCCAGAAGAACCAGACGCGGAGCAUGCAGGAGAAGAAAAGAUUUCAGAUAAGUAGAUAGGAGACGUCGGACACAACCGAAUUAAAUUGGACUGUGUGGCUCAUUUACCACCAAACAGGGUUUGUAUUUGGUGGCCGGACUGACAGAGAAAGUAAAGGAUGAAGAAGUUUUCCAGAAUGCCAAAGUCUGAGAGCGGCGGGCUCGGAGGGGCGUCCGGGUCCGGCUCCAGCUCCGGUGUCAGCAGCUACUUCGGGAAAGUGUUUGCAGUCGGCCGGUUUCAAGUCACCGUGGAAGAGCUUGUUGCAGAGGGAGGCUUCUCAGUGGUGUUUCUGGCACGUACACACAGCGGUGUCCGCUGCGCUCUCAAAAGGAUGUACGUCAACAACGUCCCGGACCUAAAUGUCUACAAGAGAGAGAUCACUAUCAUGAAGGAGCUGUCAGGCCAUAAGAACAUUGUUGGCUACCUGGACUCCACAAUCAAUGCAGUGUCAGACAGCGUCUGGGAGGUCCUGAUCCUCAUGGAAUACUGUAAAGCGGGUCAGGUGGUGAAACAGAUGAACCAGCGGUUGAAUGUGGGCUUCAGUGAAGCUGAGGUGCUGCACAUCUUCUGUGAUGCCUGCGAAGCCGUGGCCCGCCUUCACCAAUGCAAGACGCCCAUCAUCCACAGGGACCUCAAGGUUGAAAACAUCCUGCUAAAUGACCAGGGAAAUUAUGUGCUGUGUGACUUCGGCAGUGCUACACACAAGGUUUUGCUGCCACAGAAAGAUGGGGUGACUGCCGUGGAAGACGAGAUUAAGAAGUACACAACCCUUUCAUAUCGCUCGCCGGAGAUGAUUAACUUGUACGCAGGAAAAGCCAUCACCACUAAGGCUGAUAUCUGGGCACUUGGAUGCUUGUUGUACAAGCUGUGUUUCUUCGCACUUCCAUUUGGGGAGAGUCAAGUUGCCAUAUGUGACGGAACCUUUAUCGUUCCAGAUAACUCCAAAUUCUCCUUCAAGUUGCACUGUUUAAUCAGAUAUAUGCUCGAACCAGACCAGGAGAAGAGACCAGACAUUUACCAAGUGUCCUACUUUGCCUUCAAAUUAGCUGGAAAAGACUGUCCAGUGCCAAAUCUCUUUAACUCUCCCAUCCCCACGUCGCUCCCAGAGCCUCUAACAGCUAGUGAGGUCGCUGCUAAGAAAAGUAUGACGAAAGCCAGGAUAACGGACUCUGUUGGCCCAACGGAAACAUCAAUAGCUCCAAGGCAGAGGCCAAAAGCGGCAAACAGUAACGUCCUGCCCCUCGCUACUGUCACCCCUGUCAAGAUGACUGUGCCUUCAGCACCUGUCAGCAAUGGCCAGAAAGCUCCCACCCCUGGCUCAGGGCAGCCAUCCAUGCAGUCCCAGCCCAGCAGUCAGCAGCACAGAGUCCUGCAGCAGCUACAGCCUGGUGACCUGCGUCUACAGCAGCUACAACAGCAACAACAUCACCACCACCAACAAGCACUGCAGCAACAACAUAUUAGUGCUCAGCAACUCCAAUACCUCCAGUACCAACAGGCUGUGCAGCAGUCCCUCCAGCUUCAGCAGCAGCAGCAGGCCCUCCUUCAGCAGCAGCAGCAGCAGCAGCAGCAGCAGCAGCAAAUGAUGAUGCAGCCAAUGUACCAGCAGCAGGUUGCCCAGGCCCAGGCCCAGGCUCAGUAUGCAGCCAUGCUUCACCAGUACCAACAGGCUUUUGUCCAGCAGCAGCAGCAACAACAACAGCAUCACCAUCAUCAACAACAACAACAACAUCAGCAGCAGCAGCAGCCACAUCAUCCCGCUCAGCAGCCUCUCCCCUUUAUGUCCUCCCCUCUUGAGUUCCAGAUUCCGCUGGGUUCCUAUAACGUGACCACGCCCACUGCUGGAACUGGAGCGGGAACUGGACAAAUCGGGGGACCAUCACCUGUGGAUCCUUCAUACACUAACCCCAGUAGAAACCCCCUGCUUGCUUCAGAUGGGAUCACACCACCUUCUCAGAGCUGCAACAGUACAGUCAGUAACCCCCCAGAUAUGUCUGGCUGGAACCCUUUUGGAGAGGACAACUUCUCCAAGUUGACAGAGGAGGAGCUGAUUGACCGGGAGUUUGACAUGCUCAGAGCAAAGAAGCCAGUGGAGAGAACAGCCAGUGUGGAAACAGACCGACUGCAGCCUGCUACUUCCACUGCCAAGCCCCUGCCACCAGAGGACCUGUUCGGAUCAGUCCCUUUUGUGGCCAGCGCAGGUACCAGUGUGAAGGCUGAGCAGACCAACGAGGAAGUCGGUGUUUCUGCCCACGUUUCAACCUCUGCAGAGGAUCUGCAGCCGGUGGCGGCCAAGGAGCACAAACCAGGUAAAAAGAGCAACUGCAGACCAGGUGAAGAGUCUGACAGCGACUUUGAGUCCGACCCUCCUUCACCAAAAAGCAGCGAGGACGAAGAGCCAGACGAGGAAGAAGGCCUGAACAGCGAGCACGGUGAAGACACUGAGCCCGAGAAUAUAGGACAAAGGCCUCUGCUGAUGGACUCUGAGGAAGAGGGAGAGGAGGACGAAGAGAAACACAGCUCUGACUCGGACUACGAUGCCAGCAGGGUCAAGAACCGCUCAAAGAAAGCUCCGGCCGGUAAAGCAGCCUCAGCCGCCGCCACCAGGAGGAGUCCGCGGGGGGACUCUGGCACGACUCUGAUAACUCCUCCUGAGUCGCCCAGUGGAGCGAGAGCCGCUCCAGGUGUGGAUGCUGUGGAUGUCUUCGGUGCUGUUCCUUUCCUCGGAGGAGCAUCGCCUGUCGGGCCUCCAGAAAGCUUGGACAUCUUUGCCAAAGCGCCUUUCAGGCAAGUCAGCCACGAGGGGAGAGCUGCGGACGAGUUUGAUGUUUUCACCAAAGCGCCAUUCAACCGGAACCUCUCCAAGCCCGGCAAGAGCGGCAGCGAUGUUCCCAUGGGCCAAACGCCACCCAUCUCCCCUGAGGACAUCGACAUUUUCGGCUUCUCCCCUUUCCAGCCAGGCCCCACCGAACCGCCUCCCACCACCUCUAGAAGCGCAGAAGAUAUCUUCCAGCGGUCUUUUGAGGAGUCAGCCAGCCCUCAGCAACAGAGGCUGAAGCAGCGUAGCCUUCAGAAGCUGUCGUCACGCCAGAGAAAAACCAAGCAGGAGGCCACAGCAGGCGGCAGCAACGGCAAACGGCACCACGGUACGCCGACUGGAGGCCGCAAGACCAACAAGCCAACUUACCGCACCCCUGAAAGAGUCCGCAGACACAAGAAGGUUGGCCGAAGAGACUCACAGAGCAGCAACGAGUUCCUUAGCACCUCUGACUCUAAAGAGAACAUCAGCGUUGACAUAACCAUGGCUGAAGGGAAAGACAAAGGAGCUCUGCCGGCAGACGAGGCUCUUUUAGACCCGUUUGGAGCCAAACCUUUCCACCCUCAGGAAGGCAGCCGGCACGGCCAGUAUCAAGGACUCACUGACGGCAAGAACGACAUGGGCACAGCCAAUGGAAAGUCCUGGACAGGCUCUCUUCACGGUGCACUUGGAGAAAGCAGAACCAUUGAUGAUUUUGGGGCGGUGCCCUUCACAGAAAUGGUCAUCCACAGCGGACCUCAGCAGCAGCCGCCGCCAUCGCAGCCGGUGGAGCUCGACCCUUUUGGAGCUGCACCUUUUCCCUCGAAGCAGUGACUUUCUUUGCGUCUGCCCACUCUGCCUGUUGCUGUUAAAUAACCCCUGAGCUUUUUUUUGGGCUUGGGAACAUCUUCAACCAAUCAUGAAACGACAAGCUAACAUCCUAACGCUUCUUUUUUUAAAGAACAUUUUAAUACGCCUGUCAGUUUCAAUAACAAAAACCUAAAUCCUGUGGAGUAUGAGUAAUGUUUCCACGUAUCUUUCAGCUGUACCUGUUUGCUGAGAAGCCUUUAAUGCUGCAUCUUAACGCUUAUAAAGACAUUUGAACCGGGAGAAAUGAAAAACCCGCUUGAAAAUCGUACUGUGAUUAUAAGCUUAAUGUUUGACUGCUUGACUUGCUGCAAAAAGCUCUAUGGCCUGCCUUCUGAUCUACCAAUAUGUUUUUUUUUAGCACCACAAAGCCUUAUCUGAGCUGGGCUCCGCCUUGCUGCGCAGUACCUCGGAAACCACGACAUAGUCUGCCUACUUUGGCCUUUCAUGUCGGUGGAAUCAUUUGGGAGUUGACUUUAACCACUUUGUUUUGUCCCUGUUAGACUAUUCUCUAUGCAUAAUUUCACAGUAGUCUUUACGCAGCCAAAUGUGGCUGUCAUUUGUGUUGCAUUACACUUUGAAUACUAGAAGGGAUCUAAUUUUAUUGUACUUCCUUAAAAAGUCGGACCUGUUAAUUGUGUCAGGUUUAAAUUUAGGCUCUUAACUGUUUUCCUUUUUUUCUAGCAGUAAACUUCAAUGUAAGUACUGUUAACUUUCAUUUUAUGACGAUACAACUCAACACAUUCUGUUAGAAAUAAGAAAUAAAACACAAUAAAGACACAAAGCCACAUUAGAUCACUCGUCUAGGUUUGUGUUUUAAGACCUUUGAACCUUUCAGAAGCUGUACUGCUAUUUUCUCAGCAAUGUACAUGCUCCUAACAGUAUAAGUGGGAACUGCUCCCUCAUUUAAAGGAUAAGGCUGGCGGUGUUCCAUAUAGUUUGUUAUUGUCAACAAACACCAUGAAAAAACAAAACCAAAACCACAGUUAGUCCAUCUCUCAAUACUUUCUGACUUCCCUGCCCUGUCUGUGGCUCUCAGCCUCAAGUCCAUUUGGUUCCUGCUGAAGACAAAUCUUUACGUAUUCACUUUGUUGCUGGGAGAUGCUCUAGCUGAGAAGACUUCUACAUACCUGUGAAGCUGUGAAGCUAUAAAGCUACAGUCAGGAGACCUGGAUCUUAGCUUAGCAGAAGGACUGGAAAUGGAGGGACAUGGCUUGCCUGGCUGUGUCUGGGAGGUUGUUAUGUAACAGGAGCACUGACAUCUUCGUGUCCCUCUCUUCGUGUUUCCUGGCAACCCUAAUGGUGAUGACAAUAAUCCAGGGAGUUACUGCACACGGCCAAUAAAUAGUUAAGUCCAUGACCCCCUGUAGAAACACAACAGCUGUCGGGCAUGGCUAGGCUAGCGCCUUUCCAUCUGCUUCCAGUCUUUAUGCUAAGCUAACUAACUAAAUAUAUUUCUAUUUCUGUAAUUUUCUAAAACUGCUGGUCACUGAAGUUUUGACAAGCAUUACUCAGCCAGGAGGAAAAGUGCAUUUGUUAGAGACUGUGUUCAGCUGCCGAUGAAUACGUUGGUUGGUUUGGUUUGGUGCAGCAGGACGGUGCAUCUGGGAUUGAGUCAAGCUAAACUACACUGUGUGUUCAUGGUAAUGAAGAUGAUGAUGUCACCCAGUGCAAUAGUGCACUUCACUGAUGUGUUUUGAAUACAUUUUUUGACAACAGCUUGACGGCACAGAGGAAUCAGAUAUAUCUGGCUUUGGAUUGAUUCACACACUCACCAGCAGGAUCUGUUUGUGUUUGGUCAUUUCAUGUUAUUUGUUGACAAUAACAACAAUAUGGUGUAUCACCAGUUAUUCUCUAAAGUUUUAAUCCUUAAAAUUUCAGUCCUGGUCGAUCUAGUGACACCUGUAGUUACUGGUGGUAACAGCAAAUGUAGUUUAAUACUACAAGUCCCAGAAUUCAAGGGGCAACAGUACAAACUGUUCUUGUAUUAAUAAAAAAAAGUUAGGGAAUAGUUGGCCUUUUUCCAUCACUCCGUGAGCAACCGUGAUCUGAUUUUAUGCUACUCACAUGAGUCUGCAGACAGCAGGGUGCAGUGAAAGGAGUUUGUUACACUGCUGAGAAGUUGGAGGUGUGCAGCCUGUUCCCUGCAGCUCUUCAUCUAACAGCUCACUGUGGCUGCUCUCUUAUUCCAUCACUCCCUGCAGUGUUUCAAACUGAUCCGCUGUCAAAAAAUGCCCAAAAUGACAGUUGUUUUGUUUAGGAGAUGCAUUUUUGAUGAACAGUAGCAGUCAGUGCAAAGCUCACUGACACUUUGCAUUUCCUGUAACUACUUCAUAAUAAAAGUUGACUUGUGUUUCGCCAGUUAAAUGCUUUUAAUGUGAAGCUGCAGCAGUAGGAAAUGUUCAGUUUGCAUUAGCAGUAACUUAAUACAGCGUUUUUUUUUUCACGGGAAUGUCACCACCGACACCAAGUUAGUAAUACUGUAAAUACAGAAAUAUUGCAAGACUUUAAUCAGUGGACAGUAGGCUCAGCCACCGUUGUGUUAACUUAUUCCGCUAUAGAGCGGAUUUAUUUAACUGAAAAUGUUCAGGAUUAUAAUGUUAACACAGGUCUUUCCACUGCAGAAUGUGAAUUGGUGUAUUCAUAAAGGGAAAAACCAUUCAAGGCCAACAUUGAGAGAGCUGCCAAUAAAAUCAGGUCAUUUGCCUUCAUGAAUGCAUUCUUCAGCGCUGCAUUUCUUCCAUGAACUAGUUCUCCACAUCAGCAACUUUAAUCACUGCAUUCACCUACACAACCAUUAGCACGCUUGUUUGAAUUAAACCUGCAGGUUACUGUGUUUUCACCAGUGGAACCAUUUGAUAACAUGACUUUCUAUCAUUUUUUUUCUUCACAAGGGUAAAUCUUGUAUUUAUCAUGCUAUACUGCUGGUUGAUGCAAUA